AGGGACAGGCUGACAGGAGGGGUUAAGAGGGGCGGGUUUCUUCUCACAGAGAACAAUCAGUCUUCAGCACUCUAUUCGCGAGGAUGGUGGAAGUCAGGUCAUUCAUUUAUUAAUGAAGUAGUUGGCUGGACAUUUUAAUGAUUGAAGGUUUUAGGGGACUGGCACAGAAGAGUCAAAGCCAGCGUAAGUCAUCCAUGAUUGCAUUGAAAAGUGGGGUAGGCUUAAGAGGCCCGGUGACCUACUCCUCCUGUUUCCUGGUGUUGAGUAGAGGAAGUGAGGGAAUAUUGAAGAGAGGCAAGGAGAUGGAUUUCCUCAUUCUCUUCCUCAUUUACGUGGCUCUUUCCCUUUCCUGUAUGGUGGUUGCCAUCAAAUUUUCAAGACAAUGUCAGGAGUGUUUUGCAAGGAUCUCCCACCGUAUGACUCAGAUGAUUGGGCCAGUGAUUCCUCGAUGGCUGCAGGUAGCAGUGCAGAUGGCUUUACAUAGGCUAAUUUACCAGAGGAACUCUUUCUUCCUGGCCCUACACCUUGUGUUGGAAGUAGCUGUGUAUGGAGAGUAUUCUUGGGAAGUGUUCCCUUUCUGCUUAGAACUGGGAUUCACAUUCAGUAUCUUGCUGCUGCCUUACAUCCUGAUGCUUGGAAAGAUGUACUUUUUCUACCUGUGCUGCACCAGUGACCCUGGCAUAAUUUCUAUUACAAACCACAAGAGGCUGCUGAAAGUGUAUGCAUAUGAUGGAAUUUUGUACCAACGUGCCUGUAUCUGCUCAACGUGCAAACUCGUGAAACCGGCCCGGUCAAAACAUUGCAGAGUGUGCAACCGUUGUGUCCAUCGAUUUGAUCACCAUUGUGUUUGGGUGAAUAACUGCAUUGGCGCAUUAAACAUACGUUACUUCCUGUUGUACCUGGUGAUCCUCUUGGGGAUGGCAGCUGCAGUGGGAACCGUGACAGUAAGCUUCCUUGUCCAUGUGGCAUUGAUGUCUAAUCUACCCCAGGCCAUGUAUGUGAACAAUGAUGGUGAACAUGUGCCUGUUGGCAUCCUGUUUAUUGUCCAGAAAUUGUUCUUGACCUUUCCUCGGAUCCUCUUCAUGUUGGGCUUCACGCUGCUCUCAUUCUUCCUGCUGGCAGGAUACACUACUUUUCACUUAUUCUUAGUUAUGACAAAUCGGACAUCAAAUGAGUGGUACAAAAAGAACAAUUACAGAUGCCACGGGGAUAAUAGCUGUCCCGACAGGCCAAGAUGGGGUCACCUCUAUCACAAGGGGUUCAUCACAAACAUGAAAGAAAUCAUCUGCCCUGUGACAUCUCAGAAAAUAUUCAGAUAAAGAUAUUUUACGUUUUUUUUGCCAGUUUCUAUUUUUUUUUUUCUACUUCAAAUUGUUAAAAUUAAAAAUGGUUGACUACCCUG